CACUCUGGUGGUGUGCUCUAUAUUACUGUUCGAAACAAUGCGAUAAGAGGCUAUUCUUGCUGGUUUUUUCUUAGGGGUUUAGUGUUCGAGAGAGAAAAAUCAGAGCCAUAGAUUUCUAAUCCUUUUUUCUUCUUUUUCUUCUGCUAGAUCUAGCAGUAUCGAAUUCGAUUUUCUUUUGUUUUCGUUUUGGGUUCUCUUGAGAAGGCAAAACGGUAGAGAGGAGGCUUUGUUGAGCGUGUCUAAGACCACCCUAUUCAUGCAUCAAAUGAUUGCCACUUACUUCAUUCAGUGAGUCCUAUAUAUAGUCCUUUUAACACUCUUUGCUCUCUGCAUUGUUUAAGCAAUGUUCUCUCCAGCUUCACUACUUUCUUUGAGUUCCCUCUACGUUCUUCUGGUUUUAUUAUCAUGUUUCUUUGGAGGGGUUUCUUCUGUUCCCACUAAGGUUGGAAAAGGGUACCGUUUGAUCUCAGCUGAGGAGACCUCUGAUGGUGGCUUUUUGGGUCACCUUCAGGUCAAGCAAAAGAACAACAUUUAUGGUCCUGAUAUUCCUCUCUUGCAACUUUAUGUCAAGCAUGAUACGGGAGAUCGUUUGAGGGUACACAUAACAGAUGCUGAGAAGCAGAGAUGGGAAGUUCCGUAUAAUCUUUUACCAAGGGAACAACCACCCGCAUUGAAGCAAACGAUUGGGAGAUCAAGAAAGAACCUUUUAACAGUGUCGGAGCUUGCAGGGUCUGAGCUCAUAUUCAGCUUCACAGCCGACCCUUUUAGCUUUGCGGUGAAAAGGAAAUCAAAUGGGCAGACCCUUUUCAAUUCCAGCUCUGGUGGGUCGGACUCAUUCGGAGAAAUGGUGUUUAAGGACCAGUACUUGGAGAUAUCCACACAGUUGCCUAAAGAUGCUUCACUGUAUGGACUUGGAGAGAACACUCAACCGCAUGGCAUUAAGCUGUAUCCCAAUGAUCCUUACACGUUAUACACAACCGAUGUGUCGGCUAUUAACCUCAACACUGAUUUGUACGGAUCCCACCCUGUUUACAUGGACUUGAGGAAUGUGGGUGGUGAGCCAUUUGCACAUGCUGUUCUCUUGUUGAACAGCAAUGGCAUGGAUGUGUUUUACAAAGGGAAUUCAUUGACAUAUAAGAUUAUUGGUGGUGUUUUUGACUUUUACUUCUUUUCUGGCCCCACUCCCCUUGACGUUGUUGAUCAGUACACCUCUUUUAUCGGCAGGCCUGCUCCCAUGCCUUAUUGGUCUCUAGGGUUUCACCAAUGCCGAUGGGGUUACCAUAACCUCUCUGUAGUUGAAGAUGUAGUUGAGAAUUACAGGAAGGCUCAGAUCCCACUUGAUGUGAUCUGGAAUGAUGAUGAUCAUAUGGAUGGCCAUAAGGACUUCACCCUCAACCCCGUAAACUACCCUCGUUCUAAGCUUCUUGCAUUCUUGGACAAAAUACAUAACAGAGGCAUGAAAUACAUUGUCAUUAUUGAUCCUGGAAUUGGUGUUAAUUCCAGUUAUGGUGUAUACCAAAGAGGCAUUGCCAAUGAUGUAUUUAUCAAGUAUGACGGUGAGCCUUACUUGGCCCAAGUGUGGCCCGGGGCUGUUAAUUUCCCGGACUUCCUCAACCCUAAAACUGUUGCAUGGUGGGGUGAUGAAAUCAGACGUUUCCAUGAACUGGUCCCUGUUGAUGGUCUCUGGAUCGACAUGAAUGAAGCUUCGAACUUCUGUUCUGGGAAGUGCACGAUACCGAAAGGCAAGCAGUGCCCGAGUGGGACUGGCCCUGGUUGGAUUUGUUGCUUGGACUGCAAGAACAUAACAAAGACGAGAUGGGACGAUCCACCAUACAAGAUCAAUGCUUCAGGCUUGCAGGUACCUAUUGGGUUCAAAACUAUUGCCACUAGUGCAGUUCACUACAACGGUGUUCUAGAGUACGAUGCUCACAGUCUUUACGGCUUUUCACAAGCCAUAGCAACUCACAAGGCACUCCAAGGGCUUGAGGGAAAACGGCCAUUUAUAUUGUCACGAUCUACAUAUGUUGGUUCGGGAAAAUAUGCUGCUCAUUGGACAGGUGACAAUAAGGGCACUUGGGAAGAUUUGAAGUAUUCUAUAACUACAGUGUUGAACUUUGGUAUUUUUGGGGUUCCAAUGGUUGGUGCAGAUAUAUGUGGGUUCUAUCCUGCCCCAACUGAAGAGUUGUGUAACCGUUGGAUUGAAGUCGGUGCUUUUUACCCUUUCUCUAGGGAUCAUGCAAAUUACUAUUCUCCAAGGCAGGAGCUUUAUCAAUGGAAGACUGUAACCAAAUCUGCUCAAAAUGCACUAGGUAUGAGGUAUAAACUUCUUCCUUACCUCUACACACUCAACUAUUUGGCUCAUAAAAGCGGAGCACCAAUAGCCAGGCCACUUUUCUUCUCAUUUCCUGCUUACAAGGAGUGCUAUGGGUUGAGCACCCAAUUCUUGCUCGGAAGCAGUCUUAUGGUGUCUCCAGUGCUUGAGCAGGGGAAAACAUCAGUCAAAGCACUCUUCCCACCCGGUUCUUGGUACAAUCUCUUUGAUAUGACACAAACAAUAGUGUCAAAGGGACAGUACUUCAUGCUCGAUGCGCCGUUGCAUGUGGUCAAUGUACAUUUGUAUCAAAACACCAUACUACCAAUGCAGCAAGGAGGAAUGAUCUCCAAGGAAGCUAGAAUGACACCAUUUACUCUUAUAGUAACCUUCCCUGCCGGGGCUAGCGAAGCACAAGCCAAAGGCAACCUUUAUCUCGACGAUGAUGAGCUUCCAGAAAUGAAACUCGGAAACGGGUAUUCAACAUAUGUUGACUUAUACGCCACAUUGAAGCAGGGAUCGGUGAAGAUCUGGUCAGAAGUUCAGGAGGGUAAGUUUGCUUUAGACAAAGGUUGGAAAAUUGAGAAAAUAACAGUGUUGGGAUUGAGUGGAAGUGUAGACACGUCUGGACUUGAAAUUAAUGGAAGUCCAGUAGCCAAUGGAGCUUCCAACAUAGAAUUGAGCUCAAUGAAACAGAUGCAUUUGCAGGAUGUUGAAGAUGGGGUUGGCAAGAAGAAGUCUUUAAUGGUGGAACUUUCAGGCUUGAAUUUAUAUGUUGGAAAGAACUUUGACAUGUCCAUGAAAAUGGGGGUACAAGGUUGAUGAUUAUGGUGUUAUGUACUAUUUUUUUUUCCAUUUUCAUUGUUGAUGGUUUACUGUUUGUCUUAAUUGGGGGGGGGGGUUCGUCAUGGUGAAGCGAUGAACUUUAACUGCAACAGUCAUCCUUCUCCAUGCCAAAAGAACGGGGGUUCAAAUCUUGAUUGGUGCCUUGGUGGCAGUAAUGGAAAUUUGAUGAUAUAAUUUCAGUUGUUUUUUAAUUCAGGACAGAUCUUGGGUUUGGGCUCAAAGUCUAUUGGGCUAAAUGAUCAAUCCGAUGAACACAAAUAAAUCCCGUUAUUAUGCGUAA